GAGUGUUUUGUCCGCAGCCAUGGAAGAGAACGGAUUUUCUCCUCGGAUUCGGAUCGAAGAGAAGUAAAAGGACAAAAAGGAUCACCGGUCUGCUGCGCGGGGCUAGAAAUAGUUUGCAGCACCCGGCCGACUUCUAGAUGUUCGAGAAGGCACUUCGAAUGCAGAGUUUGUUGGAAUUCUUCACUUUUGCCGCACAUGAUGAUGAUGGAAGUAGUUUCGGAAUGCCCGACUCACGUCUUAUUGAUUCUUUUGUCAGUCCUCGGUCCGCCGUCUACCACAUCAGCCAUUCAUAAAUAGCAAAGUCCUCUCACCUCUGUGCGAGGCCAGCUGUAUCUGCAGAUUUAUCCGCUACUCCUGGAUCUCUGGAGUUUUUACAGCCCCGAAUGUUUUAUUUGUAAACUGGUCGGCUUCAAUUUGACACUUUUUCCACCGUGCAACUUCAGAUUUUUCUUUUAUUUUUUUAAAUUUUUUUUGUCGAUGACCCUCGACAGCCUUAACCACUCCCCACUUCUUACGACUUUCUUUAAAAUGGGAGAAGACAGUGAAUUACUGGGAGCAUCCGAGUUUAUAAAAGAUCGCCUGUACUUCGCGACUCUGAGGAGCAGGCCGAAGAGCACGGCGAACACGCACUACUUCUGCACGGAUGAUGAGUUCGUCUACGAGAACUUUUAUGCAGAUUUUGGUCCACUCAACUUGGCCAUGCUGUACAGAUACUGCUGUAAACUCAACAAAAAGCUGAAGUCCUUCACAUUGACCAGAAAGAGGAUUGUUCACUACACCAGCUUUGAUCAGAGGAAGAGGUCAAAUGCUGCUGUUUUAAUUGGUGCCUACGCUGUCAUCUACCUGAAGAAGACCCCAGAGGAAGCCUACAGAGCCCUCAUCUCUGGGUCCAAUGCAUCCUACCUGCCAUUCAGAGAUGCCUCCUUUGGAAAUUGUACAUACAACUUAACCAUUCUUGACUGUUUGCAAGGUAUCUGCAAGGCCCUGCAGCAUGGUUUCUUUGACUUUGAGACAUUUGAUGUGGAAGAAUACGAGCAUUAUGAGAGGGUGGAGAACGGAGAUUUCAACUGGAUUGUUCCUGGGAAGUUCCUGGCUUUCAGUGGGCCACAUCCAAAAAGUAAAAUAGAGAACGGCUACCCUCUACAUGCGCCCGAGGCCUACUUCCCCUACUUCCGCAAGCACAACGUCACCACCAUAGUGCGGCUCAACAAGAAGAUCUAUGAUGCCAAGCGCUUCACCGAUGCUGGUUUCAACCACUAUGACCUGUUCUUUGUAGAUGGCAGCACGCCCAGUGAUGCUAUCACCCGCCGAUUCCUGCACAUAUGUGAGAGCGCAAGCGGUGCCAUUGCAGUCCAUUGCAAGGCGGGGCUGGGCCGUACAGGGACGCUGAUUGGCUGCUACCUGAUGAAGCACUACCGCUUCACUGCGGCCGAGGCCAUCGCCUGGAUCCGCAUUUGCAGGCCAGGCUCUAUCAUCGGUCCCCAGCAGCACUUCCUGGAGGAGAAGCAGGCAAGCCUCUGGGUGGAGGGGGACAUCCAGCGCUCCAAGCACAAGCAGCGGGAUCUAGAGGACCGCGGUGUAUCGCGUCUCAUCUCCAACAUGGAUAACUUGACUGUCAGCAGCGCUGCGUUCACAUCACCAAACAAUGAUCGUAUGGAGGAGGAUGACUACAGUGAAAACGGUGUGACUCUGACUCAGGGAGACAAGCUGCGAGCCUUGAAGGUCAGGAGGCAGCCCAGGUCUACCACAACUGGAGCUUUUAGGUUGGAAGACAUGAAAAUGCACACUAGGUCCUCAUCACAGCCGUUCAGCAGGAUGAACCCAGCUGUAAGCAGUCAAGGCUCCAUAUCUCCCAUGAAAUCAUCCAAGGUCCUGUCCUCUGCAUCCACAUCUAGCGCCACCUCUGCAAAAAGGAUGAACCACAGCUCCUCCUCCUCGGCUUCCAACCUGAAGAGCUUCUCCACGAGCUCCAGGUUAGCCAGCUCCUUGGGCAACCUGUACGCCGCGGAAGAUGAGGCCAACAAUGCUAAGGGGCCGGCGACACUGGCCUUGCCUUCAUUUUCGCCCUCCUCCCCUCCUUCCACCAGUCCCCUGCCUCGGACCGGCCACGGCUACACCACCACCAGUGGCCCAGUUGUGCCGCCUGCCUGCAAUUUCCACUUCGAGGUCAAUAACAACACCCAGUAUAACUGUUCUCCAGUCCCGCUGGCUGCUCCAAGUGGCCCCGUCAAGGCCACAGCUUUCAAUCGUAACCACAGCGCUGCACUUGGCCACCCAGGGAGGUCAGGUUCAGAUGAAUUAGCGCGCUACAGAUCGCCGAUGUACUCUGGGCUAACAGCCCCUACUUCACGCUACCUCAGCCGGUCCAUUCCUGUAAGUGUGCACUCCUGUCCAACAGCAGCAGCUUUGUCAUUUUAAAAAUGUUUCAACUAAUUGUCUUCAGUCCUCUUCAUUAAGCCCUCUGCGUUUACUAUAUUUAGACUAAAGCAUCUAGUGGAACUUCUGUUGCCAGUAUCUGUCGUUUUUUAAUUUGUUGCCAUCCUAAAUGCCUGCAGAUCUCAUUCUUUGGGCUCCUGCUAUAUGCAUCACUGUGAGCACAUGCUGGAUCUUCCACAAACCUUUGUCAGCUGUCAAUAGCCAGAACUUGCGGGACUUAAUUACACUUCCUACCCCUUGGACACUUUUUUUUAAUUUAAUGAGAAAAAUAUAUAUAUUAUUUUUAAAUUUUCCCCCCUCCUACUGACAUUGUGUGUUGUAUGUUUUUAUACAUACUCUGCUACAGGAACAAGAUUUUAAGGCAAAUCCUUGGUACUAAAAAAAAAACAAAUCUGUUCAACAGAAAUAUAGGGUCCUCUGCAUCAUGGGCCUGUUAGAAGUGUUCCUGUGUUUAUUGCUGAUUUUCCUUCCUAUCUCAUACUGCUUUUUUCACUUAAACCUUAUUCUGGCUCUAACAUUGAAAGCUACUAACAUGUCUUAAAAUGCUGCUGUUGGGCAUGUAGGGCUUAGAUGCCAAAAAGAGUAGCUUUUUCCUUUUUGCAUGUGAAGACUCUUCUAUGUUGAUAUUUGAAGUGGGAAGUCGGUAGAUGCAUCUCAAAGAUGUUAAAUGUCAAAAUGCAAGUGAAAUUAUUUGUGCUUUGCUGCAGGCUGCUCCUAUAGAGGCACUUAACCUAAUCAUAUGACCAGUCAGUAGUUGUUCUUUGGGAGAGUGAGUAUGCCAUCACUGUCACGUCACUGCAAGAACUACUGAGCCAUGGGGACUUAAACUUCAGAGUCCUUCUUUAUAUUGUUAAAUUUAACUCCAUAUCUGCUUUUCCAAAAGCUGCACAUUCCCUUACAGGGAAUGUUCUCCUGAACCCUUGACAUUUGCCUUAAGACUUUAACCGGAUGUGAUAUUCAUGAAUUUGAAAUAAAAACAGCUGUUUUAUUUCAGCUGCUGUUUUGACUGAGGACUCACUUAAAAGCCAAACACUUUCCUUCCACAAUGCAGACAAAAGGUCAAAAAUAAUAACCUUAGGGAAUAAAAUGGAAUAAGCAGUACUGCAGCUCACUGGGCGCUAAAAGAAUGACUAGGAUGUGAAAAUGCCUGUAAUACGCUUCUUGUACAUCACCUAGAUGUAGUAUGCAUUUACUUACAGUAGAGUAUAUCAGUGGAGCGUUUUGUUAUUUUUGAGGAUUCUGUGGUCAGAGAAGCAAGUUGGCCCGGACACACGAGUGUGCUUUUCUCUCUCACUGGAGAGCUGUUCACUUGGCCUUUAUAGUGAACGCCAACGCCAGUUACAUAACUGAAUGGCUGAAGAUAAGCUCACAGUGAGAGAAGUGUGUAGAGUUGCUCUAGUCCUUCCUUCAUUCUUUCCUUCCUUCCUUUAAGAAUUGUUUCCCCACACCAUUCACCCUUCUUCAUUACCUCUGUGAUGUCCCACUAAUGCCCACAACAGAUUGUAUCCUGGACAGUUUUGGGGAAUUUGUAUGGUUUCCCUAUUCAGGCACUUCUCUCUUAUUCAUUGUAUUCUUAUUUGGAUAUAGUGGCAUUUGUAAUAAGCCGUGUUAAUGUUUUCUUUAUGAAUUUGUUUUAUUGUGAAAGACAAGGCAUUUUUACAUAAUCUUUUAUUCUCAAAAAAUGUUUACGUGAUCAGGCAUGUAGGUAGCUGUAUUUUAAUCUUCACCUUAUCUCUCUUCUUUUAGUCCCUUCAGUCUGAAUAUGUUCAGUACUAAGGCGGCCCUGCUGCACUGAAGACCAUAGUCUCACUCCCUUCCACAGAGGAGACUCCUACGCAGGUCUCAAAGACUGGAGUCUGCCACCAACUGCUUCUUAAGACUGGAAAGAGGAAGAAAGAAAGA